AUGCUGAAUAAGAAAGGCGGUUCAGUCUCGCAACAGCAACUUCCCGAGACCCAGGACGACUAUCAACUUCACCAACUUCCCUUCGUCAAGCAAGAGCCCGAAAUGGAACGAUCCGUCUCCCCUCACAUGUCAGAGCACUCGUCGUACUCGACGCCGCACAGCCUGUCGCGGUCGUACGGCUCACCAUCGGCCAUGCACGCGUCCAUGCACAUGCCGACGUCGAUGGCGAACGCCAUGACGAUGCCCGCGUAUCCGGAGAUGUCUGGAGGCAUGGCGGGUGUCCCGAGCCUGGCCAUGCAGCAGAUGGGCCAUCCCAACCAGCCUCCGCCGCCGCCUGUCAAGGCCUACCCGUGCAGCACAUGCGGCAAGGGCUUCGCGCGACGGAGCGAUCUAGCGCGCCACGAGCGAAUCCAUACGGGAGUCCGGCCUCACGUCUGCGACCACCCGGGCUGCGGAAAGAUGUUCAUUCAGCGGUCAGCCUUGACCGUCCAUCAGCGCGUCCAUACCGGCGAGAAGCCGCACCACUGCGAGACAUGUGCAAAGCCCUUUAGCGACAGCAGCUCUCUGGCUCGCCACCGACGAACGCACUCUGGAAAGCGGCCGUACAAGUGCCCCUACGCCGACUGCCAAAAGACGUUUACUCGUCGCACGACGCUCACCCGUCACCAAAACCACCACAGUGGCACAAUCGAGGAAGCCGCCGCCGCAACUGCGGCCGCCUUGGCAGCGUCCAAGGCCAAGCAUGUGCCACAGGCUCGCUCUGACGGCGACCACCUUUCCAACCAUGGUUCGCCCAUGACGACGCCGUCUCCCGCGCAUAGGCCAAUGUCCAUGUCGCCAAGCAUGGACAUGUCGGGAUCGGGCGGCAUGAACCGCCACCCCGCCGACUUCUCGCAGUACAUGCAACAGAAUGGACCGCUGCCCCCUCACCUCCGCGUUGGCAGCCCCGGUUCGGCGUCUCCCGCCGGUGGCUACAGCACCAACGGGAUGCGGCCGACGUCUCACCCGACCGGCUACGGACCGCCUCCGACCUUGGAGCCGAGCCUGGAGCAACACCAGGCCGCGACGGGGAGCAAUGGCGGCAGCCCUCACAUGUCGAGCGUCGGAUGGCAGUCCCCGUCGCACGUUCCGUCCCCGUCACACAACGCAGCCAACUACGUUUAUCCGGAGCCGGACAACUACCCGCAGAACGCGGCCAUGGGCCAGAUGUACUACGGCGCACCACACCAGCUGCGCCGGCCUCAGGGCGCAGACUCUGGCCUGGUGCACAUGGCUUAG